UAUCCGCCGCGGGCCACCGGAGAACGAUACGAUCCUGACUGCUACUAUUUUCGUGUCUUUUCUUAACACGCGGGCUUUUCUACGGGGGGCCUCUCUCCGGUCCGACGGUGCUCCAAAUGUAGGCCCGUCGCGCGACCGAGAGGCUUUAUCGCGGUGACAACCGGCGAGAUUGAUUCGUGACCGCGUCGACGUCCACCUUAGCGUGGUGUAUCUCGCCCUGCCGGAAGAACUUUUCUUCCUGUCACUAUAUUGACAGACAUUUGCUGUUCCAGCAAAAUUUGUUUUCAUGCGACGUUCACAACUAUCUUCAUUUUCUCGAAGCUUGAAGAGCCUGAGAACAAAAUGAUAUCUUGGUAUCGGUGCUUUCCCUUUAGCAUUACACGAGGUGAGAACGAAUGCAUCGCCGAAAAACAAGCGUCGCCGCAAGCCAGGACAGGGUCUCGGUUUUCUCAGCGACGAAAUAAGAGCCGCAAUGAAGAAACGCGUGGGAGCCGGCGAAAAGGACCUUGGCGAAGGGUGUGCGGAGGCGUGGGGAUCACCCACGUUGUCGGCCACCUUAUCAGAGCGCCCUAAAGCUGGAGGCUCUAAUCUCGAAGCUGCGCGCCGACUAUGUCGAAUCGCGAGGUACCUCCUUAUAUGGCGGGAGACAUGUGUGGGAGGCCAGGAGACCGCGACGUUGCGGUAUAAAGUUGCCUUCGCGAAUGCGAUCUCGCAGCGGAUCCGGGCAGAGUCGUCUUCGGCCACCUUGAAGAUAUAAACGCGGGAGAGGAUCCGCGCGCGAUUUACAAUUUUAUCGGAGAUGCCGCACGCGCCGCGAUACGUUUCUGUUCUUCGAUUCGACAAUGGCUUUUGUGAAGAGCGUUUUUUUUCUGUGGUAACAGUUACGUCACGAGUUUCGCGCAGAUUCCGCUAAACAGUGCUCGGCAUAGUGUUGGCACAACAAGAGAAGAGAUAGUGCAUAUAAAUAGGAGCAUAAGACUUUGUAGAUAAUAUACACGAGUGUAAAAGUGUAAUUUGCAUCUGUUGGAAAUGAUUUAAAUCGAUUUACAAAUGGACAAGUAAUAUCCUUUUGUGUGUGUGAGCUGAUUAGUGUACUACUUUGUGUAUGUGUUAUAUCCUUUUCUGGUAAAUUUAUUAUGCUAUCAUCAUGACGUCUACAAUAUCACUAACUGAUAAACAGCUUCAUCAAUUGAGUAUCAGUAUCGGGAAAGCUGUAAAUGCUACAGAAACUCCUGUGAAAGAAAAACAUGUGCGAAGUGCAAUUAUUGGCACAUAUCGGGAGAAAAGUGGAUCCAUUUUUUGGACGUACAUGUUGAGACAGCCAUUACAGGAGAAUCAGAUUGUUGCAUGGAAAUUUUGUCAUGUUCUGCAUAAAGUAUUGCGGGAAGGACACCCUAGGGUUAUCGUUGACUCUCAACGAUACCGUGGUAAAUUAGAGGAUAUUGGUAAACUCUGGCAACAUCUUCGAGAGGGCUAUGGUCGUCUUAUACAGCUAUACACACGACUGUUAAUUACUAAAUUAGAUUAUCACAAACGAAACCCACGCUUACCUGGAAAUUUACAAGUAACGUCAGAAGAAUUAGAAGCAAUUGGAGAAAAUGAUAUCAAUGUGUACUUCCAAAUGUCUGUUGAAAUGUUCGAUUACAUGGAUGACAUCUUGAAUUUGCAACAUGCGGUGUUUGGUUCUCUGGACCUGUCACGGUCCAAUUCGAUGACACCCUGUGGUCAGUGUCGACUCGCACCUCUAAUCCCAUGCAUUCAGGACGCUUCCCAACUCUACGAUUAUUGCGUGAAAAUUUUGUUCAAGCUUCACGGUGCACUGCCGGCAGACACGCUAACCGGACACCGUGAUAGAUUCUCAAAACAAUUUCACGAGCUGAAGAGCUUCUACAACACUAUCAAACACAUGCAGUAUUUCAAACAUUUGAUAACAAUACCUUCGUUACCCGAGAAUCCACCAAACUUUUUAAUACAAGCCGAACUGAGAACGUACGUUACUCCGAUAGUGGUACUUCCGCCUGAAGAGUCUUUGGAUAAUGAGGCUGUCAUAGAAAGCCUUAUUGACACGUCCGAUGCGGGAUCGUUGACCGGCGAUCAGAUAGAUUCCGCACGAAACGGCGCGAUAUCACCCGAUGCCCUUGCAGAAAGGGACAGUCUUAUUGAUCAUUUGUAUCAAGAAAAUGGCCGCCAAAGACAAGAACUACAUCGCUUACUGAUGGAACAUCAACAGAUAAUUGCAGAGUAUAGAAAUCGCGUUUUAGAACUGGAAUCGACUCUUUCUACCAAAAGUAAUGAAAUUGUGGUGGAAAAACAAACAUGUCAAGAGCUAAUGAAAGAGAAGAAGAAUAUUUUGGAAAAGUUACAAGAAAUUGAAGGAAAAAACGAAAUCUUGGAGGAAAAGUUCAAAAAACUCAAGGAUGUUUACUCGAAAUUGAGGGAAGAACAUAUCGGUUUGAUCAGAAAGAAAGCUGAAUUAGACAAAGAACUGGGAGGAAUAAAGAUAUUAGUGGAGCAAUCCGAACGUCGAUCGUUGAAAGCCGAAGAGCGACUGCAAGAGCUGCUUCAAGGACAAACCUCGGCGGAACAAGAAGCGCAGAGGGUAACGCAGGCGCGCCAAGAUUUGGACGACGUGAGAAAAAAGCUCGACAGCGUCCAGACGGAAAAUUUAGCAUUAGCAGCGAAGAUAGAUUUUAUCACGUCUGAGAAAACUGCUCUGGAAGGAGAUCUCCAUGAUUUGCUGGUGCAAAAGGAAGAAUUGGAUCAACGAAUGGCGAAUUUGGAAGCUGACGCCGAACGAUCGUGCAAUCAAGUGAAAACGGACGCCAGCACAGCCUUGUUCGAUCUGUUACUGAAUGCUAUCUCGGAAGCGGAAUUCAUCUUGCAUCACGCGAUGAAUGCAAUCGAUAGCCCGGCGAUAUCGGCGUUAACUUGUACGCCCGAUUAUCUCGGUGGUUCGCUGGAGCCAACGGAAAAAUCCUUGAAUGAUUUGGAGGAAGCGUAUAAGAAUUAUAUAUCUGAUACAACGAAGGGAAAAGGACUGAUCCGCGCCGCUAUACACGGUGCACACCUCUUGGCUCUCUAUUUGAUAUACGCGAAAUCUACUUCGAACACAUCGACGGACAUUGGUUUGGCCGAUAGAUUUGCCGAUGAAUGUAAGCAAUUAGGCUCGCAAGGAUUAAUUAUGCUGAGUUAUAUAAAGGAGAGAUCAUCGAUGACCGUGGUGCAAAUCGACAAUGUCAAGAUUCAAUUGCAAAAGAUUUCGUCUUUAAUAAGUACAUUGUCCACCACGCAGAACAAUGUGGAGAUCAUUGGCUCCUUGGUGGAGAACGAGUUGCUGAGUAUGGAUAAAGCCAUAGAGGAGGCGGUUACAAGAAUACAGGAUAUGCUAGAUAAGUCACGUGCGGCAGACUCUGGUUUGAAAUUGAAAGUAAACGAGCAAAUUCUCGAUUCUUGUACGGAACUGAUGAAAUAUAUAAAGAAACUAGUACAAAAGUCUCGCCUGCUGCAGAGGGAAAUUGUGGAGCAAGGAAAGGGAACCGCUUCAGCCACUGAAUUUUACAAGCGCAAUCAUCAGUGGUCCGAGGGCCUUAUUUCAGCGGCAAAAGCGAUCGCUAUGGGCGCGAACUUCUUAUUAGAAGCGGCAGAUAAAGUUGUAUCGGGCAAUGGUAAAUUCGAGCAAUUGGUCGUUGCCUCUCAAGGGAUCGCAGCGUCUACCGCACAGUUGGUGGUGGCUAGUAGAGUGAAAGCUGAGAGGAACAGUAACAACUUGACCGAACUCUCCAAAGCGUCGAGAGAAGUGACUCAAGCUACGGCGAAUGUUGUUGCUACCGCUAAAAGUUGCAAUCAUCUUGUCGAGGAGAGUGAAGACCUAGAUAUGUCUAGUCUGAGCUUGCAUCAGGCUAAAAGAUUAGAGAUGGAGGCGCAGGUGCGAAUCUUAGAAUUGGAACAAGCUUUAGGAACCGAGAGACUACGUUUAGCUGCUCUUCGGCGUUAUCAUUAUCAACUCGAUGGUGAGAGCGAAGGAUAAGCGAGCAUGGAUUUGAAUUUCAAUUAAAGAUAUUCGAUAAUUACAGAAAAAUUCUAUGUAGAUACAGAAUUAUAGCGUUUAUGUAAAUUAGUGUGCUAAACUAACCCGUCGUAGAAAUUGGU